AUGCCAGGCACCGGCCACCGCUUGCAGCCCGCUGUUCUCCAGGCUAUCCUCGACCGAAUUGCUGCCUGCGAAAGUGAUCGAGCCAUCUCUAGAGCUACAGGUGCGAGCCGUAACACAGUAGCAAAGCUGAGGUUGAGCUUAGAGUUUUGGGGCGUGCCUUAUCCGCCGCGCUGCGUUCGACUUGGGCGGCCAUCUAUACUCCGGCAAGCUCAGCGCGAAGGCCUUCAGGCAUACCUCAAUGGCUCACCGGGCGCAUACAUGGAUGAGAUGAGGGACUUCUUGUACGACGAGUACGACGUUAGGAUAAGCCUUGCGAGCGUUUACCGAGAGCUAGAGAAGAUGAGAUGGUCUCGCAAGCUUGCAACAAAGCGGGCAAAGGAGCAGAGUGAGCCACUCCGCCGCCUCUAUCUUGCCAGGAUGGCGCAACACUAUAAGGCGGAGCAGAUCGUUGCGUUGGACGAGAGCGCCUGCAAUGACAUACAUGGGCAAAUCGUUUUUAAAUCGUUUUGGCAAACCUUAAAACGUUAA